AUGAAGAAUGUGUCUCACUAUGGUCCAGCACUAUGUGUAAAAUUCCACAAUGACUAUGUUCUGGCUGGUUAUGGGCCUUUCAUUCAUGUCUACGACUACCGUUCUGGCACUUUGGUUAACAAAUGUAGGUUGUUUCAUUGUAAUAAAGUCCAUGGAAUUAGCGUCUCCACUGAAGGAGAAGUUUUAACUUAUGGUGCGAGAUCAGUAUCAGUGGUGAAACUUGAACACGUUUUGAAGAAAGACUCAUUAGUGCAUUCAGAAAGGAUGAACUCAGAUUGGGUUACCUUCGGAGAAUUUAGUUUUGACAGGUCACAAAUAUAUUUACUAACUUGUUAUAAUAAGGUAUUGAUCUGUGAUUUUGAUUGCGAAGUGCUUUCGAGCAAAUCUUUAGGAGGUGAAAGAUCCAUUCUAUAUUCCGGUAUAAUUAAAGUUUUCGGUCCAUAUAAGGUGUAUAUCAACGCUGGUACCGUUAUGGGUGGUGUCAUCGUUUGGGACCUAUUUUCAGAGACCCAAAUCCACAACUUACUGGGUCAUGAAGGUUCUAUCUUUUACGUUAAUUUGAGUAACAACGGGAGGUUCUUAGCCAGUUGCUCUGAUGAUAGAUCAAUUAGACUGUGGGAUUUACAUACCGGUAAGGAGCUGUCUGUCGGGUGGAGCCAUACAGCGAGAAUUUGGAAUUUAAAGUUUUUCGAUAACGAUACAAAAUUAAUUAGUGUUUCAGAAGAUUCUACGUGUCGUAUAUGGAAUAUUGUCGAAUCACGCGAAAAGAUUGCUGAACUAUUCAUAUCCAAUGUUUAUGAAGUGCAUUUAACCAAGAGUAUUUGGGGCGUUGAUGUCAAAGAAGACGAUAUGAUAGCUGUGACUUCUGGAAAUGAUGGUCGGUUGAAGUUAAUUGAUCUGCUUCAGUUGGAAAGAAAUGGUGAUGAAGAGACAUCAUUUACAUUGGAUGAUAUCAGCCAACAAUGUGAUAUCGUUUUUGCACAGAAUGAAAGUGUUAAGGGUUUCCAGGGGUUUUCAUUUGGAGUGGUUGUCAUCACUUCAUCCGGUAAAAUUCUUCAAUUCAGUGAUGUUACCAAACAAUGGAAGUUAUUACUGAUUGAUGAAAAAUUUGUUUCAUACCCAAUUACAAAUGGGAUCCAAACGCAAAAUAUUGUAGUUUUCUCCAACAGUAAGAGUGAUAUUCGCAUGGUCAAAUUCAGCGAAAAGGGCAGUGACAUAAUUCAGACUGAAGAAUUUCAUGUGGAUGAACUUUCUAAGAUGAAUAACUGCCUCGUAACUGAAUACAGUGAUAAUUCGUUUUUAUUAACUUUACAAUCCCCAAACCCUCGAGAUAAGUUUUUGUGUCUAGAAAUAAGCUCUCAGGACUUGAAAAUCAAAGCCAAGCACAGUUUCGAUAAGCCUGAAAACUUCGCCUCCUCGUGUUUAGCUUCUUUCCAAAACUAUAUUCUGGUUGGAUCACGUUUUAGUACAGUGGUAAUUUACAACUUACUUGAUGAUAAUGAGGAGCCUUUUAUAAUCAGAAGAUUAAGCCCCGGUGAUACCACCACUUCAAUCAAAUUCGUGGAAAAUAAAAAUGGCUCUGCCGUUUUCUCUGUAACUAAUAGGGAUGGCUAUUAUGUUUUUAUUGAAGUGAGGAAAAGCCAUUCUGAAAACCUUCACUGCCAUCUCUCUUACAAGGUUUUGCAUUCCAAUAAGAUGAUGAAAGGUUAUUUGGAGGGCGCUUUCUUCAAUCCAGACGGUGAGUAUAUUACUUAUGGGUUCAAGUCUAGCUUAUUCUAUCUCUACAAUGAGACGAACUGUUACGAGUUGGCCAGUGAAGUGUGUGGUGGUGCCCACCGUCUUUGGAAGCUCUGUGCGGUUAAUAAUGGACAUCUAUUGAUGUAUAUCAAGGCAUCCCGCUUCCAUCUAAGAAAAAUUUAUAACUCCAUUGUUCCCGAAACUUUGGAGAAGGGUAUUCACGGAAGAGAAAUUAGAGAUAUUUCAAUUUGUCCAAGUGCCAGCGACAACACGAAUAAGAAUUUUAAAAAUGGUCACAUAUUCUGUACCGCAUCUGAAGAUACUACACUUAAGUUGGGAUAUUUCAGUAACAAAACUGGUGAAGUAAAAAAUUUUUGGACUCAGAGAAAACAUGUUUCUGGGUUACAACGUUGCCAAUUCAUUAAUAACAAAUUGAUGAUAUCAUCCUCAGCCAGAGAAGAGCUGUUUUUGUGGGAAUUGAAUGAUAAAUACAACAAGCGACCAUAUAUUACAAUACGGCAGAUAUUACCUACAUCCACUAAUAAUCCAGAUUUAAGAAUCAUGGAUUUUGAUGUUAAGUUCGUACACCAAUCGAAUGACUUCAUAUUAGCCACUGUUUAUUCUGACUCAACCAUAAAGAUCUGGCAUUAUAAGGAAAAUGAAAACAAGUUUGAGCUGGUCAUGCAAGGUCGUUACAAGACGUGCUGUUUAUUCAACAUAGCAUUUAUUGCACUGAAAGAUCAACUUCUCGUCGUCGUCUCGCCGACCAAUGGAUAUCUGGUUGUUUAUAAUGUGACGGAAUUUAUACCAUUCACCAUUGAUGCUACUUCUAGCGAUUUGGUCGACACUAGAUUGGGAACUGCUAUUUCAAAUCUUCCAGCCCCCGUAUCACAGUUGCAAGUACAUCAAUCUGGUAUCAAAUCCUUGGAUUAUGUUGUUGAUUCGACAAGAACUUCGGCAGCGAUUUUGACAGGUGGCGAUGACAACGGCUUGGGGCUGAGCAGCUUGGUGUUAGAUAACACAAAUACGGCAGUUUUGAAAAUAAGUGACUUUAUCACUGCGGCUGCUUCCUCGACGAUAACAUCGGGUAUGCUGAUCAAUGGCGGUGAAGAAGCGAUUACCACAUCGGUUGAUCAAGUGAUACGCACCUGGAAAAUCACGGCAGGGAAGCUUUCAUUGGCAGAGAGGGAGCGUACCACCGUGGCAGACACAGGGUCACUAGAUGUCAUCACCAAUCAUGGUGACACUGAUUUCGACAAGACAUUACUGAUUGGAGGUGUCGGUCUAUCCAUCUGGAAGAAAUGA